GGCCAAUAAUAAGCAAAGGUUAUGUUUUUUUCAUUCUUUUUGUUUUUUUCAUUUUUCCCCGAUCAAAAUACGCCUUAUACAUAAAUUCUGCAGGUCUCUUCUCUACCUUAAUGCAUUCUUGAAUCUUAACCAUCAUGGCUCAUAUCACUAUGAACAUGAGUAUGAAUGUGAUGAGCAUGGAUAUUAGUUCUAGGUUGUCUAGGCCUAAUUCUCGCCUCUCCACAUCAUUUUUAACACCUUUUCAUUUCCAGGCUCAAAGUCUGAGUCUUUUCUCUCAUAAGUCUCUGCUGAGUCUAAGUAGGACUAGUAAAACCAAUAUAUGGAGGCACUCCAUGUUUAUCAGUACUAAACCUGUUCUGAAAGAUGGGACUCUUAGUAUUAAUGGCAAGGAUGCAUUGAAUGAAGUUCCUGACAAUGUCUUCUUGACACCAUUGACCGAUUCAUCUGCUUACCUGGGGGCUACUUCCACUGAGAGCAGUUCCCGACAUGUUUUCAAGCUUGGAGCUAUUCGGAAUGUCAGACUAUUAUCUUUGUUUAGAUUCAAACUGUGGUGGAUGAUUCCUAGAGUCGGGUAUUCAGGAAGCGACAUUCCUGUUGAAACUCAGAUGUUGCUUAUGGAAGAUACUAAAGGACCAUCUAAGGCUUCUCCUUCUUAUGUUGUUUUCUUGCCUCUGCUAGAUGGUGAAUUUAGGACCAGCUUGCAGGGAAAUUCAUCUGAUGAACUUGAAUUCUGUGUCGAAAGUGGUGACCCUGCUGUAGUUACUUCAGAAUGCCUAAAAGCAGUUUUUGUGAAUUAUGGAAACCAUCCGUUUGAUCUGAUGAAGGAAACCAUGAAGAUUUUGGAGGAGCAGACUGGAACCUUUACAGUUCGUGAAAAAAAACAGAUGCCAGGAAUGUUAGAUUGUUUUGGUUGGUGCACUUGGGAUGCAUUUUACCACCAAGUAAAUCCUCAAGGAAUAAAAGAAGGUCUAAGAAGUUUAUCCCAAGGAGGCACGCCAGCAAAGUUUUUGAUAAUAGAUGAUGGUUGGCAAGAUACGACUAAUGAGUUCCAAAAGGAAGGGGAGCCAUAUAUUGAAGGGUCACAGUUUGGUGGCAGAUUAGCCAGUAUUGAGGAGAACAACAAAUUUCGUAGAACCAAUGAAGCUCAAAGUGAUGCUCCAAUUGAUCUAAAGCAUUUUGUUUCUGAUAUUAAGAGCACUUUUGGCCUUAAGUACGUCUAUGUAUGGCAUGCCUUGAUGGGAUAUUGGGGAGGGCUUGUUCCAGAUGCAGAAGGGACUAAAAAAUAUAGUCCAAAAUUAACAUAUCCAGUGCAGUCACCAGGGAACUUGGCAAAUAUGAGGGAUAUCUCAAUGGACUGCAUGGAGAAGUAUGGUGUUGGCGCUAUUGAUCCUGCAAGAAUAUCUGAAUUCUUUCAUGAUCUUCAUAGUUAUCUUGUUGCACAAAAUGUGGAUGGGGUUAAGGUUGAUGUUCAGAACAUACUGGAAACAAUCGCAACUGGCUUGGGAGGUCGAGUCUCACUUACCAGACAUUUCCAACAGGCACUUGAGGAGUCUAUAGCCACUAAUUUCCAUGACAACAGCAUUAUCUGCUGCAUGGGGCAGAGCACAGACUCCAUUUACCAUUCAAAGCAAAGUGCCAUAACUAGAGCAUCUGAUGAUUACUACCCAGAAAAUCCAACCACACAGACACUGCAUAUAGUUGCUGUAGCUUUUAACAGCAUAUUCCUUGGUGAAGUAGUAGUCCCUGAUUGGGACAUGUUCUAUAGCCUACAUGAUGCAGCUGAAUUUCAUGCUGUUGCUAGAGCUGUCGGAGGGUGCGGAGUGUAUGUUAGUGAUAAACCAGGCCACCAUGAUUUCAACAUUCUGAAAAGGCUUGUACUUACUGAUGGAUCAGUACUUAGAGCUAAAUAUCCAGGAAGACCUUCAAGAGAUUGUUUAUUCAGUGAUCCAGUAAUGGAUGGGAAGAGUCUUAUGAAGAUCUGGAACCUGAACGAAUGUAGUGGAGUCCUUGGUGUUUUCAAUUGCCAAGGAGAAGGAAGCUGGCCUUGUUUGAAAGACACACAGUCACAACAGAAACAAGAGAGGGCAGAAAUACAUGGACGGGUAUCUCCUGCUGAUGUUGAGUAUUUUGAAGAGGUUUCAGGGAAACUGUGGACUGGAGAUUGUGCAAUUUAUUCUUUCAAGACAGGAUCAAUGUUGCGAUUAGAGAAGGAAGAAACUUUUGAUGUCACAUUAAAAACUCUGGAAUGUGAUGUAUUUACUAUAUCACCUAUCAAGGUUUACUAUGAAAAUGUCGAGUUUGCACCAAUUGGAUUAGUAAACAUGUAUAACUCUGGAGGAGCAAUGGAAUCAGUUCAACAGUGUAGAGAUUCUUCUGGUCUUAGAACAAUAAGCAUCAAAGGAAGAGGGGGAGGCAUCUUUGGAGCAUUCUCCACUGUGAAGCCCAAGUCCUGCACUGUAAAUUCCAAAGGAGAGGAAGUUAUAUUCAGAGAAGAGGACAAUCUUUUGACAGUAACAGUUCCCUUUGGAACCUCUGCUUGGGACAUUCACAUUUCUUUUUGAUGUCUGAAAUUUUGGUUAGAGCUUCCUUUGUAUAUAAUAUGACUGCUUCAGCAUCAGCUAUCAAGUGAUAAUUGUUUUUAUUUGUACAA